AUGGAUCCUAGCCACAGAAAUCCAAAUUUAAUUUGUGAUUUCCACGGGACUCAUGGGCAGCGGACUGUUGAUUGUCGUCACCUUAGAGAUGAGAUUUCAAGGUUAUUGAAGAACGGACAUUUAAGGGAAUUUCUAAGUAAUAGAGCCAAGGAUGGUUAUGGAAAGAGCAAAAGUUCGAGCAGGCAUUUUGAUCAGGUCGAGCCUAGUCAAGUGAUCAACAUGAUAAUGGGGAGAACCGAGAUUGCGGGAACGCCUUUCAUCACAAAAAGGAUGAAGUUUUCAAUAACUCGAGAGAAGAGAUCGCGGAGCUUUGUCCCAGAAGAAGCAAUCAUGUUCACCGAUGAAGAUGCGGAUGGCGUUACUCUUCCCCACAAUGAUGCUUUGGUGAUCUCUGUUAUGAUUGUCGAUUGUCAAGUCAAACGAAUAUUGAUUGAUCCGGGUUGUUCAGCAAACAUAUUCCGGUGGAAAGGGGUGGAUUAA